CGGCACUGGCCGCCAAUCCCAACCUUGUCAGCGCCGUCGCACGCCGACACCGCCCAUCCCGCUCGUUUCGUCUUUAUUGUACUCUAGGGACACCGCCCCCUUUCAAUCCGCCAAAUUCGCGCCCCAUCUUGACGCUCGGCACCGACCGCCAGAUCCGCGUCCUCUGGAAACCACAGUUAUAAGAUGGAGGACCCGCUCAGCGUCCCCCUCCCAGCGACGCCCGACUUCGGCAGGGUCACCGCCAACUCCUUUUACGACCUCCACGAACCCGACAUGACCCGCACGCUUGUUAUGUGUUUUGACGGCACUGCAGACCAGUACAACGGCAAGAACACAAAUGUCGUGAAGCUCUACUCGCUUCUCAAGAAAGAGCACCCCGAGCAGCUCUGCUACUACCAACCCGGGAUCGGCACGUAUCUGAACCCCGGCGUGGUCUCCCCAGUAUUCUCGUGGGGAGCGAGGAUCCUUGACCAGGGAGUUGCUUGGUACCUUGAUGCUCACGUCCGAGACGGAUACCGCUUUCUCAUGCAAAACUACCGCCCAGGCGACAAGAUCUGUAUGUUCGGUUUCUCGAGAGGGGCGUACACUGCCAGAGCUUUAGCUGGCAUGUUGCACAAGAUCGGUCUCCUCCCCCGCGACAACCCCGAGCAGAUUCCAUUCGCUUACAAGCUCUACAAGCGCACAGACGCCUCCAGCAUUGCGAUCGCAGCUGGCUACAAGAAAACGUUCUGCAGAGACGUCCAGAUUGAGUUCGUCGGGGUCUGGGACUCUGUCGCCAGCGUGGGCAGCCUCGUCAGCAAAACCCUGCCAUUUGUCGCGAAUAACACCACAAUCAAGACGUUCAGACAUGCCCUGGCACUGGACGAGCACCGCGCCAAGUUCCGCCCAAACCUGUACCACCGGCCCAGCCCCCCGGGCCAGCGCAAGCACAAGAGCGCGCUGAAACAGAAUGUUGUGUCGCCGGGGAGGAAGGGUGCAUUUCCUCCUGAGAGCCCCAGCAAGCUCGCAGCUCUGUCAGAGAAGAUGCGUCAAAGCCUCGGGAAGCGGUCCUCGAAGCACCACUCCCAAGGCCUGGAAUGGGCGAACCUGCCGUCGGCGGCUGCAGCUGAGUUCGGCUGGGAAGAGAAGCUCGCGCCUGGCACGGACGUGCUCGAGGUCUGGUUCGCAGGCUGCCAUUGUGAUAUCGGAGGCAGCGCCGUGCCCGAUACGGAGAAGCUCACCCUCGCAGACAUCACGCUCCGCUGGAUGGUCAAGCAGAUCGUGCGCACGCAGUGCGGGAUCGUCUUCGACCGUGACGCGCUGCACAAUGCGAACAUCCCCGACUCGCUCUUCACGGGCCCCGGAUUCCUCGCCACGCCGCCCAAGGAGAAGCGGUGGUCGAGCAUGCAGGCGGGGAGCAGCACGGGCCAUGGGAGCAGAACGAGUGCGGAGGCGAGGCCGAGCUCGGACGGCGACUGCGAGCGGCUUGAACGGCCUGUCGGGCUGGACAAGCAGCAUGCGGUGCAGCCGUUGCACGACGAGCUGAAUGGGAAGCCGUUUUGGUGGCUCCUCGAGAUCCUGCCGACGAGCUACAAUUGGCAGGAGCCAAAUGGUCGCUGGCACACAUCCUGGAGCAUUCAUCUCGGCAGGGGUCGUCAUCUCCCGGGAAAGCCGAAUCUACACAUCACAGUCAAGGAGCGCAUGAACGACAAGGCAUUGCGAUACGCACCGCGGGCCAAGUGGAAGCGCGGCACUGAGACUUACGUCGAGUAAACAAACCUGCACAUCGUCGGUACUUCAUCCACCGCCGUCCGACCUUCGUGAUACCCCUCAAUUUGCACAUCCCCUUCGCCUGACUUAUAACAUAUCAUUAUGACCUAGUACGAUUGGUUCCCUCUUCUCGACUUGUAUUCCCCAUUGUCUCGAAGAACUGUACGACCCUUUCCAUGGCAUUUAUUGUAGAUUAGCGAUAUCCUUUACGUCCACCUGUAUACGCUUCUAUGAAUGAUACGAUUUCGACGUCUGAUGUGUCCCGCGAUUGCAUCGACAAAUUGACCUGCCAUCUGGUGCGCGUUCGGGUUCCCUGCCAUGUCCGUUAACCGUCUUGUGUUGCGUCAAUGGCGCCCUAGAUCAUCUGCCAUAGCGG